AUGAAAUAUCUUGGACUCGUCCUCGAUUCCCGCUGGAACUUCCGCGAGCACUUUGUCCGCCUGACCCCCCGACUAAUGGCAGCAUCGGCUGCACUGAAGAGGCUGAUGCCCAACAUCGGGGGGCCGGAGCUUGCGAGCCGCCGUCUUUAUAUGGGGGUGGAACGCCUCCUUGGGAUCUGGAGCGGAGGCCCAAGCGUCUCUGUACGAGUGGCGCAGGGACCUCCGGCUCCAGGAGUACCAUCCUGCGCCCAGGGAAUUGGAGUGCAGAAGCUCCUCGUCCGGCAGUCCAUCGUCCUCCAAUGGGAGGAAGAAUUAGCUGGACGCGAAGAAGGACACAGGACUGUCGAGGCGGUCCGGCCGGUCCUACAAGAUUGGCUGGAGAGAGAGCGGGGCUCGUUAACCUUCCGAUUGGUGCAGGUGCUCACGGGUCAUGGCUGUUUUGGGAGCUACCUGCACCGGUUCGCAAAACGGGAGGUGACGGCCGAGUGUCACCAAUGCAGCUGCGCCGAGGACACGGCGCAGCAUACUGGAGGAAUGCCCAGCCUGGGCGGGGCAGCGCCGCGACCUCGUGGCUGUGGUGGGGGACGACCUCUCCUUGCCAGCCGUAGUUAA